GGCCCGCCCUGUCUUCAGUCCAGGCGCGGCUUCCGUCCGGUCUCCCGGCUACACUGCGGCCCCGCCCACGUCAUGGCGCCCGAGGAGAAGGCGGGGACUGAACUCUUGCUGCAGAGUUUCGAGCGCCGCUUCCUGGCGGCGCGCGCUCUGCGUUCCUUCCCCUGGCAGAGCUUAGAAGCAAAGUUAAAAGACUCAUCAGAUUCUGAGCUGCUGCGGGAUAUUUUGCAGAAGACUGUGAAGCAUCCUGUGUGUGUGAAGCACCCACCGUCAGUCAAGUAUGCCCGAUGCUUUCUCUCAGAACUCAUCAAAAAGCACGAGGCUGUCCACACGGAGCCUUUGGACGAGCUGUACGAGGCGCUGGCGGAGACCCUGAUGACCACGGAGUCCACGCAGGGCCACCGGAGCUAUUUGCUGCCCUCGGGAGGCUCGGUCACACUGUCCGAGAGCACAGCCAUCAUCUCCCAGGGCACCACGGGCCUGGUCACAUGGGAUGCCGCCCUCUACCUUGCAGAAUGGGCCAUUGAGAACCCGGCAGCCUUCAAUCACAGGACUGUCCUAGAGCUUGGCAGUGGCGCCGGCCUCACAGGCCUGGCCAUCUGCAAGAUGUGCCGUCCCCGGGCAUACAUCUUCAGCGACUGUCACAGCCGGGUCCUCGAGCAGCUCCGAGGGAAUGUCCUUCUCAAUGGCCUCUCAUUAGAGGCAGACAUCACUGCCAACUUAGACAGCCCCAGGGUGACAGUGGCCCAGCUGGACUGGGAUGUCGCGACAGUCCAUCAGCUCUCUGCCUUCCAGCCAGAUGUUGUCAUUGCAGCAGACGUGCUGUAUUGCCCAGAAGCCAUCAUGUCGCUGAUCGGGGUCCUGCAGAGGCUGGCUGCCUGCCGGGAGCACCAGCGGGCUCCUAAGGUCUACGUGGCCUUUACCAUCCGCAACCCAGAGACGUGCCAGCUGUUCACCACCGAGCUGGGUGAGCCCCCACGCCCAUCUGGGCCUGCAUGGUCCCAGAGCUAUCCCUGCAGGACUCCAGUGGAAGUGAAAGAACUGGGCGCCGGGGAAAAGCUAGGAUGCCCCACACUCCCACACCAUGCGGGGAACUCGGGCAGAGGCCGGCCGGGCCGGGAUCAGAUGGGAAGCAGAAGCUCGUCAUGACCAGAAACUGUUUCCCUACGAAGAGCACUUGGAGAUGGCAAUGCUGAGCCUCACACUGUAGGACGCACACACAACUCCAACGUGACUGUGAGAAUCAAGUCACUAUCGUGGGAAGAAUUUUUAUAUGGGAAAGCGGAUAAAACUUUCAUUGGACUGGAAUGUUUGAAGAAUGUUAAAUUCCAAAUCAGGAACCACAAACUGCCCUCUAAUAAGACAUCAGCUAUCUAAGCAUGUGGGUGCCCCCUUUCUGCCAGCAGUUCUGGUUCUUAAGAAAAUCACCAUAAAUCAGACAUGAAAAUUGUGGCUCCAAAAAUAGCAUUUCUUUGUGCAAAUAAAAACGUGUGUAUCAAGUAUGACGCUCCCCCAACGUGGGCACACUCGGUUCCUCACAAAGCCAAGCCCACUGCAUCUGCCACAUCCCUGGGCUUAUGGUGCAGCAGGUGCUUUUUUCAAGAGAGGAAUCAGUGUUAGGAAGACGGCAGAAAGGUGACACCUGGAGACCAAACGCAGGAUGAGGAGUACUGCAGAGGUCACAGGGAAGUCACAGAACAGUAAUACGCUAGCAGGGGCAUGGGGCGUGAAGAACAGAAGAAGACAGGAAGCGUUUCCGAACCUCCAGAGAAGAAAUUAGGGCCAACCACAGCUUCCCGGGUCACAGAACCAAUUCAUUCACCAGGCGGCACCACUGCCGUCAUUUCAGCUUCUGGCCACUGGGAGGCGCUGCUCGAAAGGAUUUGCCCUGAGACUCCGAGAAGAAGCUGCGGGAAGGACAGCAGGGGUCCUGGGGUUUAGCCUCUGGCCCAGGAGUCAUGUGUCCAUAACCAAAGGCAGCACAGUCUGCACCCAGCUCUCAUCCCAUCGGAGCUGCUGCGACUCCCGCAGGUUCUUCCGGAACUGGUUUAGCUUGCCCACAGGAUCAGGAAAGUUUGAGAAAAGCAUCUGCAAAAAAAUAAAGAGCAGAGCUUACCUCAUUGCCUGUCCCCGCCCCAUCCCAGGUCACCACCUGGCUGACCCCAGGUCCCCAACCCAACAACAACCCCUCCCAAGUCCCUAACUCCCUCACUUGGACUUGAGACCCUUCACACCCCAGCAGCGCUCCGCCUCUAAUGUGACAUCAUGCUUUCUGGAAACGUCCCCGUAUGUCCCACUUUCCCACACUUGGUGCCCUGGAGCACCUUCCGGCCUCUACAUGCUGUACGUUCCCCUGUGAGCAGCCUCCUCUCGGCCUCUGGCCAACACAGUCCCACCCAUCUGUGGGUAACAAGGGGGUGUCAGUGUUCUUUUCAGCCUUGCUAAACUGUCUCAAUCAAGGAUCACAAACUACAACCUGCAGGCCAAAUCCAGCCCACAGCCUGUGUUUGUAAAUAAAGUUUUAUUGGAACAAAGCCACA